AUGCCCGCUCAGAGCAGCUACACAACCCCAUACCCGAACGGCAACGGCAACGGCAACGGCAGCAGCAACGGCAGCACUACUCCAACGAUUGCCCUGCCUGAAUCGCGACCGACACCUCCGCCCACCGGACCCCCCGUGCCAUACACUAAUAUCACCUUCACGCCACCCAUGUCUGCUGCCGCGACGCCGCCCCUGAACCACCAGUAUCCUCAACAAACGCCGCCACUCCAGCAGCAACAGCAGCAGCAACCACAGCAAAUGCAGCCGCAGUUGCAGCAGCAGCAACCACAUCCGCAGCAGCAGCAGCAGCAGCAUCAACAGCAGCAGCAGCAUCAACAGCAUCUUUAUCCACAGCAACCGCCGCAGUAUGCGCAGCAGCAGCAGCACCAGCAGUACCAUGCGCAACAGCACCAGCAGCGCAUGCAACAGGUCCCGCAGCAGCAUCAGCAACACCUGCAGCACCAACAGCCACCUCAAGGUGCCAUGGGUCCCCCAUCGAGGCCUGCCGACCGCCCCCAGAAAGAAUACGAGUACGAUGUGACCGACUCGCUCGCUGGCACGGGAAUCGACUUGAGGGCAGAGGAGCAGUAUCUGGCUGAGCUGUUCGCCGUUGAACCCUCAAUUUCCGACUCCAGGACAGGCUUCUCUAUUCAGAACCCUGGGAAUAAGGCGUCGUUUUAUGGCGCUGGCUCUGCGAAUCAGGCAGCCCAGCCCAAUGGCGGCAAGUCCCAGGACCAAGUGAUCGCUGAAGCGGCGGAGAAGGCUUGGCAGGCAAGCGCGAAAGCCCUUUCUGCGGAGCGGGUUGUGGAAUUGAACAGCGCAUUCCUCGUUGUCCCUAAUGUGCAGGGGCGAGCAGAGUCGAUUGCGAAGGAGCAUGGGCUUACCCUCAACUGGGACAUGAAGGCCUCCCAACCGAUGGGUAAGAUCAAGGUUAUGGAUGAGCACCCCAAACCAGUUAAGGUCAGCACGAAGGUCGGGCCUGAUGGCGCCGUCAUCAAGACUUCUGGCACUUGGAUCCCUCACGAUGCCUAUCUGGCGGAUCAGCUCGCUCUGCUUUCGAUAGCUUCGAAGCAGCGGCUGAGGUCUUUGAUCGAAGACGCGCAUCGCAUUGCCGUCACACGACAGCAAAGUUCCCACGGCGAGGUGCCUGACGAGUGGAAAGAGGCGGCAGGGCCCCUCAACACGACUCCUGCUGAGUCCAACGGCGAAUUCAAUGACGUUGGGGGCAAGGCUGACUCCAGCACCCAACCCCUGAAACGCUCUCUCAGCGCUGCCGACUCGGCCAAUGGCACCCGUCCGGCCAAGCUCCGCAAAGCCCAGGCCGCGAACGCAACUACUGUCAGUGCGUUAAUGAGAGACAUCGGCAAAGCAGAGCGAGAGUGGGAGGAAUCGAGGCUGCGGAGAAGAAACGCCCGCAAAGAGGGUAUCACAGACACUGGCGCAGGUGCAAACCGUGCGGGCUCUGCGGCGCCUGGCACCCCUGGCGUAUCGGCGCCCGAUGGCGAGAAAGCCAUGACGAAGAAGGAGCAGAAGAAGCUGGAGGCUGCGAAGAAGGCCGAGGCAAGCAGCCAUGCCAACCAAAACACUACCAGUCGCGAGUUUCUAGGCCUGACAAAUACUUCGGGUCUGUUCGGCAAGAAAAAGGGGGGCAAGUCUUACUCGUGGAUGACAGGAGGAGGCAGCGGCGCGAGCACGCCGAAGGCUGGCGCUGGAGGAAAGCCAGGCGCCCCUACAACUCCUGGCACACCAGUUGUGCCACCACCAAGCGCCCUGACAACAGAUGGUAGUGCGCAUCGCAGACCUGGCGCGUGGCGUGAGGAUAAAGAUAAGGGAAAGAACAUCCAGCUCCGCGACUGGGUCUCUGCGCUAGAAGGCGACGGCGUUGAGAUCAGGGCCAUGCAGCGAGCGUAUGCUCAACUCGACACCUCUGGUCCCAAGCAGUAG